GUGUUUCCUUUUUUCUCACUCCCGGGGGAGCUCUCGCGAGAGAAGGCAGAGGAAGAUGGCUGUGCCCUGUUUUUCGGGGUGAGGCAGUGGUGGCUAUUGGAGCGGCAGGGGCCGGGAUCGUAGUGUCGUGGGUACCUUAGCACUAGCUCCCCCCAGCGAGCGCGCGUUCCUUCGUACCUAGGUGAGAGCCGGCUUUUUUUCCUCCGGGAGAUGCGUUUGUUCGGAGCUCGGGGGCUCUGUGGGAGUUCAUGCUGCGCUGGAGGCUCCUGGCCACCGCUCUAAUCGCCCUGUGCCGCUGCAGCGCCUACUCCGUCGCCGGCGGUGAGCCCCCCGGACCCUCUUUCUGCCCCUGGCGGCGAUGACUGGAGAGAAGAUCCGCUCACUGCGGAGGGACCACAAGCCCAGCAAAGAAGAGGGGGACUUGCUGGAGACUGGGGAUGAGGAAGCGGCGGCUGCCCUCAGUGGUACCUUUACUGGAGGCAGGAUCGGCACCAGCGGCAGCGGCAAGGGCGGCAAAGCAUGUCAUAAGAUCUUCAGUAACCAUCAUCAUCGGCUCCAACUGAAGACAGCUCCGGCCUCCUCCAAUCCACCCGGCGCGCCAGCCCUGCCGCUGCAUAAUUCCUCUGUAACCACCACCUCCCAGUCCCAGACUCUUCUAGCGGGCACCAAUCCCAUUGCCGUCGCCGCGGAUGGAGGCAUUUGCCCCUCACACUAUCCAGUGCACGAGUGCGUCUUCAAGGGGGAUGUAAGGAGACUGUCCUCUCUCAUCCGCACGCACAAUAUCGGGCAGAAAGAUAAUCACGGAAACACUCCUUUACAUCUUGCUGUGAUGUUAGGAAAUAAAGAAUGUGCCCAUUUACUUUUGGCUCACAAUGCUCCAGUAAAGGUGAAAAAUGCUCAGGGAUGGAGCCCGCUGGCGGAAGCCAUCAGCUAUGGAGAUAGACAGAUGAUUACAGCUCUUUUAAGGAAGCUUAAGCAGCAAUCCAGGGAAAGUGUUGAAGAAAAACGACCUCGAUUAUUAAAAGCUCUGAAAGAGCUAGGUGACUUUUAUCUAGAACUUCACUGGGAUUUUCAAAGCUGGGUGCCUUUACUUUCCCGAAUUCUGCCUUCUGAUGCUUGUAAAAUAUACAAACAAGGUAUCAAUAUCAGGCUUGACACUACUCUCAUAGACUUUACUGACAUGAAGUGCCAACGAGGGGAUUUAAGCUUCAUUUUCAAUGGGGAUGCAGCACCCUCUGAAUCUUUUGUAGUAUUAGACAAUGAACAAAAAGUUUAUCAGCGAAUACACCAUGAGGAAUCAGAGAUGGAAACAGAAGAAGAGGUUGACAUUUUAAUGAGUAGUGAUAUUUACUCUGCAACUCUAUCAACCAAAUCAAUUUCUUUCACACGUGCCCAGACAGGAUGGCUUUUUCGGGAAGAUAAAACAGAAAGAGUAGGAAACUUUUUGGCCGACUUUUAUCUGGUAAAUGGACUUGUUUUAGAAUCAAGAAAAAGAAGAGAGCAUCUCAGUGAAGAAGAUAUUCUUCGAAAUAAGGCCAUUAUGGAGAGCUUGAGUAAAGGUGGAAACAUAAUGGAACAGAAUUUUGAGCCGGUUCGAAGACAGUCCCUUACUCCUCCUCCUCAAAACACCAUUACAUGGGAAGAAUAUAUAUCUGCUGAAAAUGGAAAAGCUCCUCAUCUUGGUAGAGAACUGGUAUGCAAAGAAAGUAAGAAAACAUUUAAAGCCACGAUAGCCAUGAGCCAGGAAUUUCCCCUGGGAAUUCAAUCAAUAUUGAAUGUUUUGGAAGUAAUAGCUCCCUUCAAGCACUUUAACAAGCUUAGAGAAUUUGUUCAGAUGAAGCUUCCUCCGGGCUUUCCUGUAAAACUAGAUAUACCUGUGUUUCCUACGAUCACAGCCACUGUGACUUUUCAGGAGUUUCGAUAUGAUGAAUUUGAUGGCUCCAUCUUUACUAUACCUGAUGACUACAAGGAAGACCCGAGCCGUUUUCCUGAUCUUUAACUGACAUGGAAAAUGAUGCCACCUAACCAAGGAAAGCAAGAGAAUGCAGACCUCACAAGUGAAGCAAAGUGGAAGGGACACAUACUUUCAGUGAAGAAAAGGGAAUUACAGGAAUUGACACAUCAGUAAUACGAUAUGAAAUGGGCCUCUAAGAAAAAUCUCAGCUAGUUUCCUGAUGUGCCAUUUUCAGUCUUUUUAAAAAUAUACAUAUUAUAGUGUAAUAGUUUGACACCUUAAUGACUCUAAGUACUUCUUAUGUAAAACAGCUAUGAGUGCUGUGAUUUGUUUUUAAAAUUUUUACACUUCUUGUUGAAAUAUAUAUGCAUAUAAAUAUAUCUAUAGUUAUAUCUAAAACACUCCUGGACCAUUAACAUAAAUUAAAUGUCUUAAGAGAUAUGGAGUCCUUUUACACUUGUCAUCUUAUAUUCAAGGUGACAUUUAUAAAUAUUCCUUCAAACUUUGUUUUCAUAAAAUGUAAACUAUGUAACUUUAUGUAUAGUCCAGUAAUUUGAAUGUUUGUUCAAUAUAAUGAACUAGAAAGGAAUGCAAUUUUCUGUAGAUGAAUGAACCAAAUGGUACCCAUUAAACAAUUGCAUUUAUAUGUUGCAAUACAUUUCAGAAGGAGCGUUCACUCUGCAGGGAAUAAGGUACCUCCUUUAGCACCUUAGUGCAAUUCAUUGUGGUGCUAUUUGUUUUUACCUGAAUUCUUUCUUCAAUGGAAAAUGUUUGUUACUAAUCUUCCUUUCAUAGAACUUCUAUUUUUUUUUCUAAACUUGAGUUUUAAAGUCUUUUUUUGUGUUCAUAAUAGGGUAUGGUCAGCAUGCUUAAAGAUAGUCCUCUUCCAAAUCUCAGCACUUUAAAAGAAUUCCAAAAUUUUAAACUUGUUCAUAAUAAGUACAUAUCAUUCUGAUUGUUUUGUUUGUUUUUAGUGGAAUAAGGAUGCGUGUCAGUUUUAAGCAACAACCCACAUUUUGGACAUCCCUACAUAUUUAAUGCUUUCAAAGUUAGGUAAAAACAUUUUUAUAUGCUAACAGAAUUAUAUUUGUUAUAAGUUAAAUUCCAGAAAUGUACACAAGAUUGAUAAUUCCUGUUUAUUUUUUUAGUCACAAAAUAUUUAUUGGUUUUAAUUAUCUUCAAAGUGUUAAAAUCAUGCAUUACUCAUUUUUGCACUUAAAAUUUUUCAUGUUUGUUCCAAGAUGGUUUAAUGGUCCAAGAAUGAAAAUAAAUUAGGGAGAAUAAUGUAUAACAGUCAUAAUAUGUUAUGUUGUAUUAAAGAAGUUAGCUAAAGAGAUGAUUUUAAAAUGUAUCCUGAUAAACGUGUCAGAAUGUAUUUGUCAGGUUUUUUAGAGUGACCAGUAGUUUAAACUUUUUCCAGGAUUUUAAAUAAUUUGAAUGAAUUUAGAAACCUUUAUUGAAAAGAUGAUUAUUUACAAAUCCAAAGCAUCAAUCAUAAGAUUUUUAUAAUAAACAUCUUUAAAGCUGCAUCCUUCAUGCUGAUAACAUAUUACAUUGCAUAUUUUGACAUUGUAUUAAAUAUAUUUUAUAAUGAAGAAAAAUAAUCAUAGUUAAAAAUUCAAAGACCAAUUACUUACUACCUGAUGUGGGUCUGUUGAGUUUUGUGGAGAGAGUUGGUAAACCCAGACUAGGUUUAUUGAGUACAAAUUGAUCCCAAUUAUUUUGGGAAUGCUUAUAGAUCAAGUGACUUAGAGAUUGAAUUGCCCUGUCAUUUAUUAUGUGAGGUUUGAGACACUGAACGGCAGUCAUCACUGUCGCUUCUAGGCUUUGUGAGAAUAUGAUAUACUUUCAGGAAUAAACUAUAGAUUUUUUAAAAUUAGUGCAGACAACUUAGUGGGAGGAAAAAAAACAUGGUAAAUUGCAACUUGGAAUUUGUCAAUGUCCUGAAAGCUGUGAAUAUUUUGCUGGGGUACACUGGAGAUAGGAAAACUACUGAAAACUUUUGCACUUCAAUUUUGUUUUUAACUCUUUUUUUCUUUCAUAAAGAAUAGUAUAAAGAGAUGAUCCAUUCCAAAUGUCUUUUAUUUGAUCAUAAAGGACAAGCAAAUGUCAGUAUCUCUUAUGAUGGUCAAAACAAGGAAGUUAUUAAUGCAAAUAAACUUUUCACAUUAGACUUUUCAAAAUGUGCCUUUUAAUCCAGUUAAUCACUGAAGCUAUUAUAUGCUCUGUUUCAAGGAAGUAAAUCAAAACACCAUAUAUUUUAAUAAUUCCACAUGAAAAGUGAUAUUUUGUAAUGUAGGUCCUUAAAAUUGUAUAUGCCUUCUAUUUGUGAUUGAAGAAGGGUUUAAUCUUGGGGGACUAUGAAAUUGGUCACCUUAAAUGGCUAUUUUGAAAUGCUCGACAUUCCUGCCACCAGUGUGGUAUCAAAAGGAGAUGUGAUUCUUGUCUUAAAUAAUUCCUUACAAUUUGUUUCAGUCUGUAUUCAUAGGGAAUUGUCAGAAUUCAUAAAAAGGAGGCAUAAAGUAGAUGCUCUGAUUAUUGUGAACCUAGGAUCAUAUGGUGGUCAGGAAAUUAACACAUUUCAGAGAAGCUAAGAGCUGACAGAAGCUAAAAAACAAUUUGGUUUGUUUCUUCUUAGCACUGGUAUUGAGCCCCACUCGUACUAAUAGAAAUGGGUUUUUAUGUUGUUUGUGCAGUUUAUGACUCCCACCUUGAGAUAGGGUAGUGAGUAAUGAUGAUUUAGCGACCCCUUCUCCCUAGUUUUCACUAAGUCUACAGCAAUGAUCCUGUUUCAAGGGCAUAGAAAAGGGCUGUAGUAAAUAUUUUCCGAUUGAUUUAAGGGUGCUUCCUUUUGCUCACUUAUGUUACUGUUAUUUGCAAUCAGCAUGAUUGAGAAAGUUGCAGUAGAAAAUCAGGUGAAUUUGAAGCCCUGCCUUUAAAAUUGAGAGAAGUAUUGCUUAGUAUGGAACACAAUAUACCUCUGCUGCUAACUCGAGCAAAAGGUAUCGUAACUAUGUUUUCUCAAAUGAACAAAAUGCAGCCUUACCAAAGUUGCUCUAUAUGGAAACUGGAAACUGACAGUGAAACUUGGCCCAGAGACAAAAGGGCAGAGGUAUUACACCAUUUGUAAAGGCAGCAAAAUUAAACUUGCUAAAAGCCGGCCAUUUGCAUACUGUGAAUUAACAAAAACUACUUUUGCAAAGCCUUUUAUGUCAGAAAUCUGGGCAAUAUUAAGAUCUUAGAUCGCCAUCUAAACAUGUCAUCUCAAGUAUUAAGUUGCACUUCAGGUCACAUGACCCUCUUUACAGUACUACUUAGUAAUGAACUAAAAUUAUAAGCUCAUUUAAAAUAGUACUUAUGGUCAUAAUGGCACCUGUGAAUUACCUAAGCAAAAUCUCCUAAGGGUUUUAAAGAAAGGUACUUGGCAGGCAUUCCUGAAUUUGAUUGUUUUGCAGAAGGUGAAGAUGACUAAAACAAUGAAAAAAUAAAACCCACCACUUAAUUUACCUAUA